AUGAAAUCAGCAGCUCUUCUCCUUUCGAGCUUUGCAAUAAGCCGAGUUGCGGCUGCAGGCGAUUUCUUCCCUCUCCCUCCCAGUGAGCUACCGUACAAUGAUGACCGUGGAAAUGAGGUUACUGUGAAUUGCCCAUUGAGUUGCUGGAAUAACGCCAAGUGUGUUGCCACUGGUGUUGUCGGAGAGGGCUUCCAAACGAAUACCGAGUGGUCUUGCGAUUGUCCAGAUGGAUUUCAUGGUGACUUGUGUGACCAACAAGAUGAUGAGGAUGAUGACGACGACAAUGAUCCAUUAUGCGGUGAAGAUUCUUGCAAACAUGGUUCCAAGUGUAUUCCAAUCGGAGAAAACGAACACAUGUGCGAUUGCACACCAGCAUACACAAAUAGUACAUUCUACGCUGGCAGAUAUUGUGAAUAUCCGUCUAGCAUAUUCUGCACGGAAGAAGAUCAUCAGGAGGGGAGACAAUUUUGCGUGAACGAAGGAAAAUGUGGAGCACUGGAUCAUUCACCCUGCAGCUGUCCACAGGGAUUUGCAGGCCCCCGCUGUGCGACUCGAAUCGACGACGACUCCACUGCUGCUGCUUCUUACUCGGAAUGCAGUCUUCAAUGCUCGAAUGACGGAACUUGCCACAAGGGUGAAAAAGGAAUGGAAUCUUACGGCAAAUUUGCAGUGGAAGUGUCACACCUCAUUCAAGAGACUCAUAUAAAUUUUGAACACUGCGUAUGUCCCCUAGGGUACUUUGGGGUAAAGUGUGACUACGAGUUUGAAGAAUGCGGUCAAGAAGGGGAGCACAUGUGCCUCAAUGGUGGCUCAUGCGAGGUUGCUCAAGACGGAUCACAUCGCUGUGCUUGCAUUGAUGGAUACUAUGGCAAUGGAUGCGAGUUUGAAAUACUGACUGAACAAGAACCGGCCCAGAAACACUCAUUUCUGGGGACAAUACGAUAUGGCAUAUGUGCCGUAUUCGUUGUAGCAAUUGCCACAGUGCUAUACGAACGAAAGAGAGGAAAAGAUGAUGAAUUGGAGGGUAGUACAACUGUGUCAAAGGUUGGCAAAGCGUCACAUGUAGUGUAA